AGCCAGUGCGUCAGGAGCCCGGAGGACAGAGGGGUGGAGAGGGGCGGACACAGCGCAGGGCAGUACUAGAAUGUGAGCUCAUUGUCCCCGCAGCCCAGAGACGAGCAGUGUGCGCGGCGCUCCUCCAUGCUCCACUGCUGCCCAUGGACCAGCAGCCUGCUCCUUCUUCUCCUCCUGCACAAGAUGUGAGUAAGGACCAGCCUCUCCAAGGAGGACUGUGCUGGAAUUAUUCGGAAACCUCUUAAUGGAAGCCAUGUCACCUCAACAGGACAAUGUAGGACAACCGAGAUCAUCAUCUUUAACGGGAGAGCCCAGAAUAUCUGGAGUUGCGGAAAACAAGAAGAAAAUGAAGAGUUUGGCCCAGAGACGACAGUCCGCACCAUCUCUUGUACUCAGCAAAGCACUAAACAAAUCAAGAACAAUAAACAAGGAAAACUGCUUCUCGCCCGUAAGUCCAGAAACAUGUCCUCUCGUUCAGGCAUUCAUCUGUCCCAGUCGGAUGUUUGUAACUCACAGCCACGUCCAGCUGAAGACAGGUCUGCAGACUCAGGACAGACAUCUCUUCCUCUUCACAGACAUCAUGCUCGUUGCAAAAUCAAAGUCACCAUCUCACUAUAAAUUAAAACAUCACGUGCGAGUUAGUGAGAUGUGGACCGCAUCAUGCAUGGAAGAAGUCUGCGAGGGAAGCACCUACCCUGAGCGAUCGUUUGUUGUAGGCUGGCCCAUCACCAAUUCUGUUGCAACCUUUAGUACUCCAGAAGAGAAGGAAAAGUGGCUUGCUCUCCUUCAAAGACACAUCCAAGACGAGAAAGAAAGUGAACAUCCCAAGACAAUUCCUCUGAAGAUUAUCACAAAAGAUAUUGGAAACUGUGCCUAUUCCAAAACGCUUACCGUAACCAGCGAUGAUACAGUGACUGAUGUUAUCAAAAUGGCUCUGCAGCAGUUUGCGGUGGAGGGCUCCGAUACAGAUUACCAGUUAUGGGUCACCUCUGGCAAAGAUGAUUCACCUUAUCCUCUUAUCGGACACGAGUACCCAUAUGGAAUCAAAAUGAGCCACAUUCGUGAUGCAUUGCCACAUAUUCAGGGCACAAAGGACAAUGUCUGUUCCCUAAGCCUCAACGAGCCUUUCCUAAUGGAGCAACUACCCAGAGAGAUGCAGUGUCAGUUCAUACUGAAGCCCAGCCGGCUGGCUCUCGGCCAUCAACUCACUGAUCCUAGCCAGAAGCCAUUUAAAAGGAAAAGGUCCAUCAUAAACUGGACCUUUUGGCGAGGUUCAAACACUCAGCUGGAUAACGUACCUCUAUCUCCCACCACUUCAACCCCUGGCAAACUAUUUGGUGUUCCAUUGCCGGCCAUCUGUGAGAAUGACAACCUGCCCAAGCCUGUCAUGGAUAUGCUGUCUGUCCUGUGCCAAGAAGGACCAUUUACAAGAGGAAUAUUCAGGAGGUCAGCUAAUGCAAAAUCCUGCAAGGAAAUGAAGGAGAGACUAAACUCUGGAUAUGAUGUCAACUUUGCCUGCGAAUCCAUAUUUGUCACAGCUUCGGUGUUUAAGGAUUUUCUACGUAACAUUCCAGGAAGUAUUUUUUCCUCCAGACUUUAUGACAAGUGGGUUUCUGUUAUGGAUCAAGGAAACGAACAAGAGAAAAUAAAAGCCAUUAAAAAGUUGUUGGAGAAGCUCCCUCAAGUUAACGUAAUAUUGCUACGCUACUUGUUUGGUGUCUUAAACUGUAUUGAACAGCAUUCCGAGACCAACCAAAUGACGGCGUUCAAUCUGGCAGUGUGUAUCGCUCCAAGCCUCCUCUGGUCGCCCAGCCCUGCAAGUCCAGAAGCAGAGGGAGAGUUCACACGAAAGGUUUCAGUAUUGGUACAAUUCCUCAUAGAAAACGGCAGCCCUAUAUUUGGAGAUGACAUUUCAUUGCUCUAUUCCAGCUUGUCAGACAAAGACGAUAACAGAGAAGACAGCUCAGAUGUUUGUUCUUUUAAACACAUCGAUUCUUCCUAUGAUAGCCUGGAGAAUGAACUAAAUGAUGAUGGCGACUCUACAUUCGGUGAUUUAACCAAGAAACUCAGUCACGAUAAUAGAAGUCGAGAUUCUGUCUUGACUUUGAGUGACUGUGAUCUUGACCAGCCAGAUGUUGAAGACACUCCAACCGAACACACCGUGGCAUUGCAUCCCAUAAGGGUAUCUACGGUUUUACAUCACAAACAUAUGUCACACGAGCAAUCUGAAAAUGAAUCCACUUGUUCCAAUACUUCUGGAUACUCCUCAACAACACUGUCAGAUGCUCUGAAAGACUCAAUGCGACACAGAAGAAGCUCGGAACCAGCCAUAGGAAUUCUCGCCUCUAGGUUCAGUCGACUUAACGAGUCUCCCCAUGAGAAUCCCAGCCAUAAUACAAGCUGUGAUGCUCUUCUCUCACAGUCAGCAGAUGACUACUUAAAGCAGCAUCGUUGCCUACAAGUGGAAGGUCAAAAGCUUAUUGACCGUAGUUUGACAUUGGGGAUUGAUGUGACAAAAGGCAUCAGUAAAAAGCAGACAGGUGACAAACAGAAUUCUCUAGAUCGACUUUUAAAACCCCCAGUACUAAGACUAAACAUUUGCUCUCAGGCCAGCUUUUCAAGCUUAUCUUCUCCUGGGACAUCUCCAUCUGGAUCUUCUUUGAGUUCUUUGGACAGUGCUUUUUCACAGUUUUCUGAUUAUUCAGUAUUAGCGUCAAAUGAAGUUACUUCUCCUUUGGAGUGCAACAUGAGGACACACAGAAAGCAGAAAGAACUAACUCCAGACUUCACAAAUGUAAACUCUUUUUCAGGUUUUAGUUUAGAUUACAAUAACAAGCAAAAGGUUGAAAGCCCAUGCCAAAAGUGUUCAGUUGGGGUUCAACAAAGUACUUGGCUAAAAACCAGCAUAUCUACUGGGGAAAACUGGUCAAGAAAAAUAGAAAACACAACACAGGAUGAUCACAACAAAACAUCAACCAGUGAACAACAUCCGUGCACCAUUUCUGAAUGUUCCUUGCUCCAGGAUCCAGUAACUGUGACAAAAGUAGACUAUGAAGCCAAUAUGUUACAAAAACCGAAAGACUGUAGAGAGGAGAUACAUCUGAGUUCCUCUCCUUACAGUACUGAAGAUGUCCAUAGCAGGAACAUUUCUGUAAGACACCUAAUGAUAGACAAGAAUGUGGACAUGAAUGGUAAUGGGGAAAAUGUAGAAUGUAGUUCAUUUCUCUUACCGUCCCCUGUGUCCAUAAAUAUUGACAUAUCUUCACAAAACCAAGAAAAGAUCUUCCCUCAAAUGUUUUUUCUUGGUCAGAACAUUGCAUUCUUUGGUCAGACAAACAGGCGAAAAUCAACAAACUCUUCUAAUGUAGAAGAAUGUCAGAUGCUAAGUUCCACCCUUAAGUGUUCAAGUGAACACACUAUCCAGAACCAUGAAAGUAAAAGUGACCACCUGAGAGACAACAUGAUAAAAACCACAGCUAGCCGAGACAUCGGAAUACGAGUCGCUACUUUUAAGAAAAAUAAGAUUUUGCCUUCUAACGUAGACACGGACAUAAAUGUUUCCAAGUGUGAUUUGGAGAAAAACUUUUGCGUGUCUCCAAAGCUUAAUACGACCACAGCAGAUUUGUUUUUUCAGCCGGACGUGAGUAAGCAUAUUAAAACCACGCAAGACUCCAAUACAGAGAUAGCCCACAGCAGAGAAUGGCACACAAAACGCUGCAGUGACCCCAAGUUUGAAGACAUAGACCAAAGGUUUUUUGCGGAGGAAUCGUACGUGUGAUGUGGUGUCAACGCAGCAGUACUGUGAGAGGCAAACACUUUCGUUGAAUGGAAGCUCGCUUAUUACAUGCGUGGAUAGUCUGAUGGACCCUAAAAUGUUUGCUGGACAUAUAUUCCAAGCUAAUAACUUGUGUGUGCAAAGCAGCCUGAUUUAUUUAAUCUGAACCUGUUGCGUGCAUACCCUUGGCUUUGUCAAAGGGUUUUACAGUCUUAACUCUUUCAGCUACAGAUCAGUGGGC